AUGACCAAAGUGAGGAAGUACUGCAGGGUCGGAAGUGGAAGUUCAAAACAUGUUUAUUGUGAUGAUGGUCUCUAUCCCUCCCUGGUGUACCGAUUACAGAUGGACAUCCUCAUCCACAAAACAAUAGAAGUCUGGGGCGUACAGAGAGCAGCGUCCUGGAUAUGUGGGAAGGACAAGGUGUCAUUCUAUCGUCUGCCAGCUGUAAUAUCAAACCAGGGAGAAAAAAACACAGGAAUUGUCAGAAAAAAGACGGAGAUCGUGGAUUUCCAAGAUCAGCAGAGCAGACCUGCAACCUUCAUCGUACCCAUUUAUACUAGUGUGUUCGGAACAUUUUGUGAAUGUCAAGGGUAUGGUGGCCGUACUUCAGAUAAAUUUGUUAUCAAUGACUCGGGAUUUCUUGAAAAAUUGCAGUAUGGAGAUAUUGUCUUGGCAGACAGGGGAUUUGACAUUGCGGAAAGUGUUGCACAAGCAAGUUCUGAGGUGAUGAUUCCAGCUUUCACAAAAGGAAAAUCUCAACUCUCUGCAGUAGAUAUUGAGAAAACUAGGAAAUUGGCACAUGUACGAAUUCAUGUUGAGAGUGUAAUUGGACUAGUUCGAAAUAAAUACGUUAUUUUACAAGAUACAUUGCCUUUAGACUAUUUAAUUUCUUCUGAUGGCUCAAUCCCAACCAUUGAUAAAAUUGUAACUGUGUGUUGUGCCUUGACAAACAUGUGCAAGUCUGUAGUACCAUUUGACUAA